UACUUCUCUUCUUCUUCUUCAAACGCUCUCUCUAAAAAAAAAAAAUUGAAAAAAGAAAGAAAAAACUCGAUCACUUCUGUUUGUGUACAAAAAUUAGGGCAAAAAAAAAGAGACCUAAAUUGGGAUCAAAUGAAUCGAGAGAUUUGAGGUUUUAUUAUCGGGAUCGGUUCGAGGAUGAGUAGUGGGGUUUCGAUCACCGUGAUGACGCUGAAUCUUCAGGAAGGAGAUCAGAGCAGCGAGAGCCCUAACUCUUGGGAGAAGAGGAGGGAGAUCUGCGUCAGCGUCAUCACGAGCUACUCUCCUACUAUUCUCUGCACUCAGCAAGGUUUGAAGUGGCAGCUGGAGUUCCUUCAGCAGUGUUUGCCAGGCUAUGAUCAAUUUGGGAUUUCAAGAAAAGGGUCACAAGACACCUCAGAUGAACACUGCACGAUCUUUUAUGAUAAGGAGAAGGUGGAGCUUCUUGGAGGUGGUACAUUUUGGUUGUCAGAAUCACCUUCUGUCCCUGGAAGCAUAUCAUGGGGGUCAACUGUGCCAUGCAUUGCUACCUGGGCGACAUUUCAAAUGAAGAGAGUUGAACCCCCAGGUUUCAGCUUUCAGAUUGUAAAUACAAACCUCGAUGAAUUCAGUCCUCGUGCACGCAGAAGAAGCGCUUUGCUUACAUGGCAACACAUUGCAUCAUUGCCUCCAAACCUGCCAGUUAUAUACUGUGGAGGAUUUAACACACAAAAGGAGUCAACAACGGGUCGAUUUUUACUUGGGAGAUCAAGGGAACAUGGUGUUGUUGGUGAUAUGAGAGAUGUCUGGCCUAGUGCUCGUGUGCGGAAGAAUGUCUCACUUAUACGCACAUAUCAUGGGUUCAAAGGUAACAAACAAGGUGCCAUGGAAUUCAUGAAGUUGAUAUUUAGAGCUUUAUGCCUCUGCUGGGAUCGCCAAACGCAGGAUUUGCAUGUCGACUGGAUUCUCUUCAGGGGACGUUCUCUAAUCCCUGCAUCUUGUGAAGUGGUUAACGAUAAUAUUGACGGUUUUUAUCCAUCAUCCCACUAUCCUAUCUUUGCUGAGUUUAUGCUUCCUCGUACAAUCCGGCCAAUUGAGUCGCCUGCUUGAAUGAGAUGAUAAAUUAGUUUCUUGUUUUCUCAUAAGAAAUGGUCGCAUUCCGCUGUGAUCUGUGAGGGGGCUUUUUUAUGCGAGCGCUGAAAAGCAAUUAAUGCAGUGGCGGUGAAGACUUUAUUCCAUCGUUAUGGAGGUGAAUUGAACUCUUGUUGGCAUCAUCUUAUCAGUAGCAUGAAAAAUCUGGAUAUAUGGAGGAUUUACCAUAAGUUUAUGCGUCAUAUAUUCUUUUUUUUUUUUUUUGAAAUUGUGCCUCUGGGAUCUAAUUUUGGUUCAUGUUUCUCAUGUGAAGAGGCCUACGUUCUCCGUAGCUUUUCGCAAUGAGCAUUGUUAGUUUUAUCUGUGUAACAGUUCUUUCAUGCCUUUAUCAAACUAAUGUUGUUGGUUUCAUUUAAUGUUAUUCGAUUUAUUACC